CUUUGUUUCGUCCCAUAUGCAAGGAGCCUCAUUCUUAUUACCGACAAAAGUAUCAAACAAUUCCCAACCAAAUUUCAUGGAAAAACUUUAUCCCCAUCACAUCUUUUACUCUCUUUUCUAUCUUCUCAUCUUCCUCAUCUUUCAAUUCUCAUCCAUUUCACUUCUCGCAUCAGCUUACACAUUACCUGAUAUUUACUUCAUCAACUGUGGGUCAGACUCAAACGCCACAAUAAACAACCGGAACUUCGUCGGAGAUGCCACCACCUCCUCAUUCGGCUUCUCUGCCGGCCAAAGUAGUCCUGUCAAAGCCUCCAACUCAUCUACACAGACCGAGACUCGAACUCUCUAUCAAUCAGCAAGAGUCUUCACAAACCCAUCAUCUCCAUAUGAGCUCGACAUACAGCAAAGUGGCACUUACAUGGUACGCUUCCAUUUCUAUCCUUUUUCAUCCCCAAAACAUAAUUUAUUCGAUGCCCAAUUCAAUGUUUUGGCUUAUGGGUUUUCGAUUCUAUCGAAUUUCACUGCCAAAAAUAGUAGUAAAUCACCUUUAAUUGAGGAAUUCUUGCUCACCAUCAAUGUUGGGAAAUUCAAAAUUUACUUCAGACCUUCCCAAAAUUCAUCAUUCGCAUUUGUGAAUGCUAUAGAAGUGUUCAUUGUCCCUGAAGAUUUCAUACCUGAUAGUGCCACUCUUGUCACUCCUUCGGCAACUAACACUUCUAAUUACAAUGGUUUGCUCUCUCGGGCUUUACAUACAAUUCAUAGGAUUAAUGUUGGUGGUGUUAAUGUCACACCGAAUAACGAUACAUUGUUGAGGAGUUGGGUACCUGAUGAUGAUUAUCUAUUUCAACCCGAUACUGCAAAGAAGAGUGAAUUUUAUAGUGGCUUGAUUUUGUCUACAAAUAAAUAUAUUGCUCCUGAUUUUGUCUACAAGACUGCUAAGGAAAUGAAUAUAGACUCAAGCAGGGGAUUUGAUUUUUUCAAUAUAACGUGGCGAUUAGAUGUGAACAAAAAAGCUAGACAUUUUGUUCGUGUUCAUUUCUGUGACAUCAUUAAUGCGACUCUUAAAAACUUCAAGUUCAAUCUCUAUGCUGAUGGCAAGUUCAGUCAGGUAAUAAUUCCUCAGUUGGCUGCUCCCUCUUACUUCGAUUACGUGGUUGAUUCUGAUAGUUCUGGUUAUAUGAAUAUAAGUGUUGGUCCUAGGAGUGAUUCAGUUAAUAAAACUGCAUUUCUGAAUGGAGUGGAGAUUAUGGAAUUAAUGAAGGAAGAUGACCCUUCGAAAAGGCAUCUGUUUAUAAUAAUUGGAGCGGUUUUUGGAGGUUUGGCCUUUUUCGUGUUGAGUUUGAUGGUGGUGUUGUUUUGGAGAAUGAGAUGCAGGAAAGCAAAGCCUAAUGAGAGUGUGCAUUGGCCUAUGGUGCCUCUGUAUGGAGGGAGUUCAUAUGAUCAGAUUACAGAGAGAACUGCCAAUGGCUCCAUUGUUCCCCAUUUUUAUCUCGGGUUGAAGGUACCAAUGGCUGAAAUACUCUAUGCAACAAACCAUUUCGAUAACAAACUGAUGAUUGGAGAGGGUGGGUUUGGGAGAGUCUAUAAAGGAACUCUUAGGAGUGGUAUGAAAGUGGCUGUCAAACGAAGCCAUCCACACCACGGUCAGGGCAUUUCAGAAUUCCAAACGGAGAUCAUGGUUUUGUCCAAAAUCCGACAUCGCCAUCUUGUUUCCUUGAUCGGAUACUGUGAUGAAGGUUCUGAGAUGAUACUGGUUUACGAAUUCAUGGAGAAGGGGACACUGAGAGAUCACCUAUACAAUACUAGUGAAGAGGACACUGAGAAAUCAUUUUCAGAAUCCGAAAUGUCGUGGAAUAGAAGGCUUGAAAUUUGCAUUGGUGCAGCCAAGGGUCUUCAUUACCUUCAUACUGGUUCUGGUUCAGACGGGGGAAUCAUUCACCGUGAUAUUAAGUCCACAAACAUCUUGCUUGAUGAACAAUAUGUGGCUAAAGUUGCUGAUUUUGGUCUUUCGAGGACACGUCCUCCCGAUCAAACACAUGUGAGCACGGAUGUAAAAGGCAGCUUUGGUUAUCUUGAUCCCGAAUAUUUCAAAUAUCUUCAAUUGACACAGAAAUCGGAUGUGUAUUCUUUCGGAGUGGUUCUUCUUGAAGUGCUUUGUGCAAGGCCAGCUCUUAAUAACUUACUUCCGUAUGAUCAAAUAAACUUGGCGGAAUGGGGGAUGUCUAGGCAAGCAAAGGGGCAGCUUGAAGAAAUUGUUGAUCCUAUGCUGGCGGGCAAAAUCAAUCCGGACUCAUUGAGAAAAUUUGGUGAAACAGUAGGGAAGUGCUUGAAGGAAUGCGGUGUUGACAGGCCGAGUAUGUAUAAUGUAUUGUGGGAUUUGGAAUAUGCGCUGCAGCUUCAACAAAUUGCAAUAAGAUACAGGGAGCCACACGAGGACAGCACAACAGAUGCUUCAUGGGUGUUGUUACCGUUGAGUGGUGUUGUUCAGCGGUUACCUUCUCAAAGCAUCACAAUUGAGGAAUCUGCAAAUGAUGGUUCGGAUUCAACAAGUCUUCUGAGUGCUAGUCAAGUGUUCUCACAAUUGAAGAUUGAUGAUGCCAGAUAAUGUGAUGGUUUGAGGAAGUUUCUGUACCAGGAAAAUGUAUAUAUAUAUGUUGCAGGAAGUCUGAACACGGUACAACUCUCAAGUGGUUUCCUUACCCUUAUCAACUCAAUUCUAGUAGUAUUCUUAUUA